AUGGCAAGCCUCUCUCUCGUCCUCGUUCUUCCUGUGGCCUAUCUCGUUUUGCGCGUUUUGCGCGCACUCUCCAUCAAAUCGCCCCUACACAACCUCCCCGGUCCUCCGUCCAAGUCACUUCUAUGGGGCAACAUGGAUGUUCUGUUUGGGUACGACAACUGGGACUUCGUCCGCCACUUGUUGGACACGUACGGCCCAGUCGCAUCUUUAAAUGGAUUCUUCGGAGCAACACUGCACAUCCACGACCCAAAGGCCGUCCACUCGAUAUAUAUCAAGAACGCCGACAACUUCCCUCGCCCUCCGAUGGCUAUCGAAAGCAGCAAAGUCCUUCUGGGGCCCGGCCUCCUGUCUACUCUGGGCGGUGCCCAUAGGAAGCAGCGCAAGCUUCUAAACCCCGUCUUUUCUAUCGCUUACCUUCGCGGGUUAACGCCCGUCUUCUACGAAAUCGUCGGACGCCUGGAACACGCUCUUGCGUCGCGCACGCAAGACGGCCCGCGCGACCUCGACAUGAUCGGCUGGAUGGGUCGCGCCGCGCUCGAGAUCGUUGGACAAGGGGCGCUCGGGUACAGCUUCGACCCUCUGACCGCCGACACGAAGGACGAGUUCGCUGAGGCAGUCAAGUCGUUCAUCCCAUCGACGUCGGACGUCACAUACGGUUUCGCCAUCCUCCCGUACGUCAACGACUACGUCACGCCGUGGAUGAAAGAUAUGUUCUUCAGCUUCUGGCCGGACCCGGCGGUGCAUCGUAUGAAGCGCAUCAUCGACUUGGUCGACAACCGAAGCCGCGCGUUGUACGAGGAGAAGAAGGCUGCGGUCAAAACGGGAGAUGACGCGGCUCUGCAUGGGGUAGGAGAGGGCAAAGACGUGAUGAGCAUCCUCCUUCGCGAGAACAUGGAGGCUACUGAAGAAGACAAGCUUCCUGAUAUGGAGUUGCUAGCUCAAAUGUCUACAUUCAUCGUUGCUGGGGUCGACACCACGUCCAACGCGAUGGGCCGUAUCCUCGAUCUACUGACGGCCCACCCGAAGGUUCAAGAACGCCUUCGGGACGAGAUCCUCGAGGCGCGCGAUCGCUUUGGCACAGAGAUCCCGUUCGACGAAGUGAUGGCACUGCCGUACCUCGACGCCGUCUGUCGCGAGACGCUUCGCGUAUACUCACCUGCAUCGUUCAUGAUGCGCGACGCUGCAACCGAUUUCGUUCUUCCGCUUUCCUCCCCCGUUCGCGGGAAGGACGACACGGAGAUCUCUCAACUCGCGGUCCCAAAGGGGACGAUGAUCAUCACUUCCAUACAUGGUUGCAAUACCAACAAAGCUAUCUGGGGAGACGACGCGUAUGAGUGGAAGCCUGAGCGCUGGCUGGAGCCUCUUCCUGCCGCUGUGGAGGAGACACAUCUGCCGGGGAUCUACGCAAACCAGUUCACGUUCUCGGGCGGAGGCUAUGCAUGCAUUGGCUUCAAGUUCUCCCAGCUCGAGAUGAAGAUCGUGAUCUCGUCUCUAGUUGCGACCUUCAAGUUUGGGAAGUCCGAUAAGCCGUUUUUCUGGAAUUCCGCAGGGGUCGCGUACCCGUCUGCGAAGCCGGGGGACAGGAACCCGGAGAUGUUCUUGAGGGUUUCUUUGGUGACGAAUUCCGAGUAA